AUGUUUGAUGCGUUUGAAGCCGACGACCUGCAGCAGUGGGGGUAUGCGCAAGCUACCCUGAAGCCGCUCGCUUCCCGGUUCGAACAUGCCACCAGUCUGCCGGUCGUUGUGGUCACAGGAACGACCACUGGCAUAGGGCUGCACACUGCCGCUAUGCUGGCGGCGAGCGGCCUCUUCCGGGUCAUCGCGACCAUGCGACCGUCAAGUCUACCUACGGGAGAGCCGCGUCUGCGCGAGCUAGUUCAGCGAUACACAGAAAGCGGAAAUACCGUGACGACGACGACGACGACGAGGAAAGUAGCCUCAGCAGAUGCACUCCGAGUAUGCGCGUUGGACGUCACCUCGGAGGCGUCAUGGAAGGCGCUCGCUACCCAGUUACCCGGCCCUGAGCGACGUGUGGAUGUUCUGAUCAACAAUGCGGGUUACGGUGUGUCGGGAUCGACAGAACAGGUUACGGUCGAGCAAGCACAGCAGCUCUUUGACACCAAUGUGUUUGGGGUCAUGCGGGGCGUCCAGGUGCUGGCGCCCUACAUGCGAGCCCAGUCAAAGAGAAACCAGGCGCAAGGUCUAUACACCGUUCUGAUUCAGAUUAGCAGCUUGGCUGGGCUUCGAGCGGUUCCAUUCAGUGACCUGUAUUCGGCGAGCAAGUUCGCUCUCGAGGGUCUUACCGAGGCCAUGCGGUACUCGCUGGAACCUUUCGGGAUUCGCUGUAUCUGUGUGAAUCCGGGACCCGUACGUUCGGCGUUCAGCACUCGGUUUGGUAUUGCGUCCCGCGACCGUGGCUGCCGGCAGAUCCCCGACGAGGAUCCACUCGUGAAACACAAGCUAGACACGAUGCACGACUUGUUCGUCAGAGACCUGGCGGAGCGGAUGGCCAGUGCCGAGGUCGGACAAAGCAGUGCCCAGGUUGCAGUGAGCAUCGUACAGGCUGUGGUCGACGGCCUCAGUCUCAGUGAAGCGCCUUCGUUGCAUUACGGUACCAGUCCAGUUGUUGACGAAACCAUCCGUUGCCUGAGAACAGACCCCGCAGCGCGCACCUCUGAACCGUAUCGGCGAUUCUGGGACGCAGUAGCACGAGCGCAAAAACAAGCCACCGAUACAGCAGGAAUGCCUUGA